CUUCCGGCGAUUCAGCUUUUGCGAAGGCUUGAAAAGUUGAGAGGAGCUGUACUCAGCUCGCAAGAUGCCGGGUCUGGCGGCCGCAAGCCCUGCCCCUUCUGAGACUCAGGAGAAGAAGCCGCUGAAACCCUGCUGCGCCUGCCCGGAGACCAAGAAGGCGCGCGAUGCGUGCAUCAUUGAAAAAGGGGAAGAACACUGUGGACACCUAAUUGAGGCCCACAAGGAGUGCAUGAGAGCCCUGGGAUUUAAGAUAUGAAAUGAGAAACUAGAGGAACCUAGAAGCUGCUCAAAAAUGUAAGAAAGUGGCAACUAGUGUCUUUCUGCCUUUAAGAUUCAGAAGGAACCUGGAGAACUCACUAUGGGGGCUAAAAUCAUUGAAAGAAAUUAGAGAACUAGCACUUAGCAUUGAUGAUACUCAGUAUUCAUUAAAUUUAACUGAAUUUAACAGUAGGUUAAAAUAUGCCGAUUACACACAUACACACAAGCAACUGAUUAUGCAUGAAAAUACCCGGAGAAAAUCCAGAGGAAGGGUUACUUCUGCUAUUCAAACAUUUAUUCAUUCAAUUGAUAUUUAUUGUUUAAGACCCUAAAAAAUGCCAAGAUGAGGACAGAAUCUCUUCUGUCAAGGGCUUUAUACCCAGAGAUAUAACCAAGAAAUUUACACCAGAAGCUUUCAUGUGUGUAUGUGAUACACAGUCAGUAGCAAAAGAGGUUAACAGUGUUUUUGCUGUAGACUUCUAUCUCUUGAAAUGUUGAGUGGAUUCAUUUUUGGUUAUCUUUCCUGCUCAAACCUUUUCCUUACAUGUAUUUUUUCUUUGAACUUUUUAGAAAAGAGGAAGUUUAGAUAUUUUAUUGUUUAUCAGGCUUAUCUUUUCUAAACCAAAUACAGAAAAUAGAUGAGGGAAGCAUUUGAAGAGUUGGCUAGCCCAAAUUACUUACUUUUUUUAGCAUUAUUCUCUGUCUUCUGGGGUAGGGACUGGAGGUGGGGUUGAGGAUGGUCAUGGAGGUGGGUGGGAGCUGUCUGAAGAGAAGCCUGGUUCUGCCUGACUAGAGCAGCAACCCUAUCCUCUGCUGCUCUCCCUUUUUGAUCUUUACAAAUGGAUUUCAAAAGGGUUACCUUUAUUUUGCCUUGGGAUAAAUGAAUAACUUUCCACAGGAAGUGCUUUGUAUACAGAGCUGACCUUCUGCCUUUUACUUCCUGCAUCUUUGCCAAACAUACUUGAAUCAGUAAGGAGGGGCUUGCAAAUCCCUUUUGAAUAUCCUUAAAAAUAAACUGCCUUAGCCUUUUUUGGGGAAGAUAUUUUUGAGAAAAUAAAUAUAGUUUUACUUCAACAAAGACUUCUAAACAUUAAACAGUGCAAUGGAUUGAACAGUUUCAGUGAUGUUUUUAGUUCAACAAAACUAGAAUUUUAAAACAUGAAUCUUUUAUUUCAU